AUGAAUAUAAGACUAAGUUCGUCUAAGAGAGAUCAUGGAGUAAAGGAACUUUUAUCUAGUGAUCUUAGUGAAUACUGGGCUACUGAUGAUUCGCUUCCACAUGGCAUACAAUUUACAUUUUGUAAGCUUACUUAUGUUGAAGAGGUUAGGAUUUUUCUCAGUCAUUCACAAGACGACAGUUACACUCCUAGAGAGAUAGAAGUCUUAUGCGGACUUACAGAAAGUACAAUUGAUUCCAUAAUUUUAACAUCUUUGUUAGAACCAGAAGGAUACAUUGUUUUUAAUGUAAAUAAGAAAUGUUUCUUUUUACAAAUUAUUAUUUUGUCGAAUCAUCAAGAAGGAAAAGAUUCUCACAUACGAAAUAUUAAAAUAAUGGAAUCUAAAACAAAAGAAAUGUAUCUUAAAGUAGAACAAUAA